AUGGUGUGCUGGUCCAAGCCACCGCCUGAGCCGCAAGUGGAUGUGGAGGCCAAGUUGAAGGAACUUGAGGAUCGGCUGAAUGCCAAGAUCAUGGAGCUUUCGGGCUCCGUGAUCAACGACUUCACGCUGGAACUCACUCAGCUCAAGGAACGGAUGGAUGAGGUGCAGGAAAAGAGAACGCAUUCAGAGAAGGUCUUCUCCGACACGGUGGAGCGGCAUGCGCAGCAAAUCCAUGACCUGCGCAAGGAGAUUACCGUGCGUGUGGACCAGCACGGCAAUGAUAUCCAGGAACUGCGUGAGAGUGGCGUGGUUGAGACCCUACGGCAAGAGCUCUUGGAGCAGAUGUCGGUGCACCGCGAAGAGCUUGUGAAGAAGGUGGAGGAGAAGCACCUGACACACAGCGAGCAGCUGAUGCAGCUGCAGAAGGUCACGGAGACGACCUCGCAGCACUUCGUGGAGGAAUUGAAGAGCUGCCACAACGUCAUCGAGACCCAUCGGACUGAAAUCCAUCAGGAGAUCCAGGUGGCGAAGGAAUCGACCAGUGGCCCUCUGAACACUCAGUGCGACCAGCUCCAGGGGGGCUUGGAAGAUGUGUCUUCCAAGUUGGUGCAGUCGAAGGCAGAUCUCGAGAGGUCAGUGCAGACUGUUGAGGAGCACAUCCAAGUGGUGCGCACGGGCUUUGAGAACAGCAUUGCGGACUGCCUGGAGAGGCUGGUGAAAGAAGAACAGGCGACCCAUGAACGCGUCCAGGAGUUGCGGGAGGCUAUCCAUGAGAACUUGCAGCGCAUUGAGAUCAACACGUCCUUGGCGGAAAAUGUCUACUGCCGAAGCGUCCAAUGGAACUGUCGCGGCUUCCAGUAUCGUUUGGCGCAGAUUCUGCAGCAGGAGCGUGAGGCGAAGGUGGACUACCCCGGCGUUCGAUCUCCUGAGUUCUCCUUGUGUUCCCUGCCCGCCAUGCAGUUGGAGCUCUGUCUCGCAGCUCGGGGCUUGGCCACGGAGGAAGCGCCCUCGGCGCCCUUACCGGUGCCAGGCAGCUGUUCGGUGCGCCUUUGGGUUCAGCCGGGGAUCGAGAUGACCUUCAGGCUCACUGUGGGAGAUGGCGACAACGCGGUGAGCCGGCGCUUCGACUACAGCUUCUUGGAGCCCAGCGAAAUCGAAGGCGAGUCGCGAUGCCCCUUCGAAGUGCUGAACUUUUGCGUGCUGGACCAGGUGUGGCACCGACGGGAAGACAUGAUCCCGGUCACCUUUGAGCUGCUGGAGUUCAAGACACAACCAGUUUUGGAGGCUCCGCAGGAAGAUGCUCCGGAGCUGGUACCUGAGGGUGAAGCGACAGGGGAGGAGGAAGUACCCGCAAAGAAGCGCGGUGACGAACUCUUCUUCACCCGUUCAGCCACUGCGGAACUGGUGCUGCACGAGCGGCUGCAAAAGGACCUCGUGAGCAUGAGGAACAAAUCCGUCCGUCGCGUGGAAUGGCGUCUGGAGGGUUGCACAAGGCUCUUGGAGUGUUGCCAUGCCGGAGACUCUGUGGAUUCGCCCAUCUUCAGUGCAGCCGGACUGGAACGGAUUCAGUUCCACUUUUAUCCCAGGGGCUACGAUCCAUCGACAGGUUCCAUUUCCCCUUGCUCGCUCUUCGUCAGCGGGCCUGACAAGGGUGUCUCCCUUCGAGGCGUGCUGUGGGUGGGCAGCCAGGGCCGGCAGUUCGACCACCGCUUCAAGAGCCGGGGGGACAUCGGUGGCCGUUCCAAGUUCUGCUCCUUGGAGCAGCUUCAAGAUCCGCAGGAUACGGUUCUGCUGGCUGUCGACCUCAAUGAGGUGGAGCAGGAGCUGCCAGAGCAUCACCAGUCUUUGGUGCUUCGGGAAGCCCGAGACGCGCGCGGCAACAGAGACGCCUUCGACGCGACCUCACCCAUGAGCCCCAGCCGAAGCCUGGUGGUGCCGCCAACGGUGAGCGCCAAGGGCACGGUGCGGAUGAAACGGGAGGAUCCGUCCAAGACGGAACAGCUGGUGAAGUGCGUCAGUUUGCCCUCGCUGAAAGCGAGCAACAUGUCACAAAUGCCGGCGAAUGCCAUGGGUUCCUGGAUGUUUGGUCUCCUGGUGAGUCUGCUUGUGGCCUCUCUGUCCACUGCGUUCUUGGGGAGUAGGCAGCCUGUGGUGAAAAGUCGUCUUGCUCUGCAUGCAGAAGAGAGACAAACAGGCCAUCAGGUGAAGAAUGCGGGAGCAUUUCAGGUGGAUCCAGAGGAGAUGGCGCUGCAGGUGAAGGUGAAGGAACACCAGGAGGCUGCGCCCAAGUUGGAUGCCGCCACGGAGGUCCGGACGCUGGUGCAGUACAACCAUGGCUUUGCGGUGAUGAGUACCAACAGCGCCUCCAUGCCUGGAUAUCCGGGCGGCUCGGUGGUGGGCUUCGCGCCAGACCAACAGGGGCGGCCGCUCUUCAGCUUUAGCUCCAUGUCCAGUCACACGCAGGACUUGAUCAAGGACAAACGCUGCUCCCUGACUGUGGCGUCCAAGGAAUUCAAGGGCGCCGCCGACGGGCGCGUGAACCUGCUGGGCGAGGCGGUGCCCUUGGAAUCGGAGGAAGAGAUUGCGGAGGCCAAGAAGUUGUAUUUGGAGAAGCAUCCAAAGGCGUUUUGGGUGGAGUUUGGCGAUUUCACAUGGUACCGCAUGGAGGUGAAGACUGUCCGCUACGUGGGCGGCUUCGCCCGUGCGGGCUCCGUCACGGCGGAGGCCUACACUGCGGCCACUCCGGAUCCCAUCGCCGGCUUUGGUCCUGCCGUCGCGGGGCACAUGAAUGACGAUCACCGGGAAGCCACUGUCGCCAUGAUCAGGAACUACAUUGGUAUUGAUGUGGAGGACGCUGAGAUUACCUCCAUGGAUAGUCUGGGGAUGUACGUGAAGGUCUCGCGGAAGCCCAAGGCAGCCGACCAAAUGCAGCAGUUCAAGCUCCGUUUGCCUUUCACGCGAAAGUUGGAGAAUCGGAAGGAUGCCAAGGAAGUUAUUGUGGAAAUGACCCGGGCAAGUUCUGAGUUCAUGCCAAAAGCGGACGCCUGA